UCCUUUGCCACGGCUGUGAUCGAAAGUGCUGCUCAGCUGAUAGCCUUUGCUGUGAACGACACGAUGCCACGAGCGUUUAUCCGAAGCGUGUCUCCGUCAAUGCUGGUGUGCCAUGGCCGCAAAUCGGGCUCACCCAGUGUGCAACUGAGGGAUAGCGGUCAGCAGACGGAGCGACCCGGAGACCUGAGCGCGGCGACGGGCGGCGCUCUGUCUCCCACCCAGCCGGGGGCCACCGUGCCCAUCCGCCGGGCUCUCUCGCUGGACGCUAUCUACCUGCUGGGACAGUGGCCCCGCGAGCGGCUGACGGCACCCAGCGCCGGAGCAGCCGGGGCAGGGGCAGACAAGGCGACGCAGACCCCGGACGAGUGGGUGCCUCUGCGGUCUCACACCAGUCCCCUGGCCUGGGGCUCCGGUCUGGUGUCACCGGUCGGCUCCGGACCCGGCACCGCCGACUGCCUCGAGAAGAAACUCAUCCGACAGAGACUGCAGAGGAACACCAAGGAGCUCUCGUCUGCCCGCGGCUGGGGUCCGGGCGCGGUGCGGCAGUCACCGGUGCCGGCCGACCACUCGCUACUGGUACCGACCGGUGCGGCGCGUCCCAUCACCAUCCCGACGUCUGCGGCGGGCCGGCCGCCCACUACACCGCCCCGGUCGCGCAGCUCCGUGGAGGGACUGAACCAGGAGAUUGAGAGACUGGUGCAGCAGCGCGUGCUCGCCUUCAGUCAGUGUCCGGUGGACGGCCACCUGGCGCCGGUGGACGAACUUCUGCUCCGCUCGCGCCGCUCCGUCAACACCCAGACCCCGCUCGACGAUCAGCUACUCUCGCCGACAUUCUCCGGAGAUAUGGAGGCGCUCGGACUGGCAGACGACAUCAGCAAGAGCUCCACGCCGGACCUGGAGCUCAGUCGGCUGGGCUCGUCGCCGCAGAUUAACCGGUUCCUGGCGCGUGCGCCGCCAGAUGGCUGUGAGCGCGUCUGCCUGAAGACGGUGGAGACGGUCAGGAAGAGCACUCCACCGGACCCGAUCAUCAAACCAGCCGUGUUCGAGUUGAAGCCCAGUCUCGGGUCCGCCUUCACGCGGCCCGCCUUCCGUAAGCGGGCUGACGAUGCCUCAGGAAGUGUGCCAACGCCGACUAAGCCCGCCCUGCUCAAGGCUCCGCCCGUGCCGCUGUGAGGUCCGACGCAAGGUGAUGUCACAAGCGGCUGAUCUCAGCACAGACGAGUGUAGUAUAGACGGCGCUAGGAGCGGCGUAUAGAUAUCGCAGCGGGCGCAAAGCUGCAAUGCCGUGGGAGAGAAGUUAAGUCCAUUGUGAUAGUUAGAGUGAGUUGAUGUGCAUGUGUGCGAUGUUUCACGUCAUUUGACGCCUUAUCUUUCGUUUCUGGGCUGUUGGAGGGUCGGCAGGUGUUUGUUGUUUUCUGAGUUGGGAGUGGGAGGGGGCAGAGGUGUUGCUGUUGUUUCAUAGACUGUGCCGUGCUCCGGGCCGUGUUCUAUUGGUGGUACGGACGGCACGGGUCUGGCGUUCGCCGCUGGGUCUUUCUCCUACUCUGCUCGGUGUGGACCGUGCAGUGAGGCUUCUGGUGUACAAAAGACGCCACACGGGAAGGUGCCGGCGAGAUCUAACGGGAGAUGAUACUCUACAUGAGGAAGAGAAAGAGACUGACACGGGAGAUCACUGCUGACAGCAGUAAAGGUGCCAAGACAGCUACCAGACGGGAAACAGUGCCAUCCUCGUAAAUGCUGGCGCAUGGCCGCACGGAAGCCAAGUGUUUGGCUGCUGGUGGCGCUGGCUUUUCCAGUUGGUACAUUGAUAGCCGGAGAGUGUGCACUGGGCGAUGCGCACGUGCACGACCGAUUGAGGAAGAAAUGAGCCGAUGAUUUUAGGGGACGCCGGAGGGCGGAAAGACAUUGGAGGAAGUUAAGAGUACUGAAUCUGAGACUAGCAGCGCUUUUCUUUUAGUCCAGUUUGGAGAUGUAGCAGUUUGAAGGUUUGAGACGGUUUGAAUCAGCAAUGGUGGUGAGAAGCUCUAACAGUGAAGUCGCACAGGAGAGUCGUACAUAAUCCAGGGCAUUGUCUGCCCUCUUCUCAUACCGCGGUUGGUAUGACCCACAGGGCAUUGCUCGACCUCCCGGUGAUUAGGCAGGGACUGGGGGUGACUCCUAUACCAAAUAACGCACAAAGAUCCGGACCAGGCAGUGCACAACUCAUGGGCUAGACGGCCUGGAAGGUGCGGCGAAUGGGACUUCAAUCACGUUAUGGUCGUCCCCUUGUGCGUGAGAAUCGCCGAGUGCUGUGUUUUGUUAACCAAGUGAUAUUCCAGCACCACUUAUCAGUCCUGCGAGAGAGUUCUCUAUUUUCUCUGAUGUCAUUCCGAUCCACUUAAUGUUACAGCUUUUCAUGUAAGACACUAAAUUAUCUUGUGAUAUACAUGCGUAGUGUAAAUCGAUAGUGACUCGUAUCGUAGCAAGGUGUACUCUUGAACGUGUAUGCGUUAAUUGUGCGGUAAAAUGUCGCUUUUAGAUAACGCCUAUCUGGGCUUUUUGCUGAUGACAUUGCUCCAGUACCUUUCACGCAGACACUAUGUAGUGCUGGUUCACACGGCAAUAAAUGUUACCAUAUUUUUAGACCCACAACUGCUGAGCCGACGUGUCAUAUGAAUGAGCCGUGCCGGCGCUGGCCGAACCGAGAACAGGGAUCAAUGUGCGUUACAGUGUCCGCGUCCCGAGCGGCGGGGCAGCGGGGUGUUUAUUGUAGCCAGCUCGUCUGUAUCUGUGAUUGCCAAUACUAGCGACCGAGACGGACCGUCCCUCGCGACCCGGCACUCUCCGCCCGUCACCCGUCACAUCUGUCACGCCCGUCACAUCUGUCACGCGACUACCUGCACCCGUCUGUCUCACACCCUGGCGCGUCUGAGGCGCGCGAUUGUAAUCCCGCUCUGUCGCUGCCAGUCGCGAUCUGGUGUUCGUGUUCCAUCGCUGCGAUCUUCAGUGAAAUGUUCCGCGAGCGACGCCUCGUGAUUGUUGAUUAUUGGGAUCUGUCAGCCUGCGGUUUUGUAAAUAAAUGUCCCAUCGGACA